AUGAGAUGCCGAUUCCCGGGUGCGCCGGCGCACUCCGCGGUAGAUUUCACCAACAGCAGCCUGGUGCCGGGCACGGUGGCCAGCUAUAGCUGCGAGAGGGGGUUCGAGCUUCUGGGCCCUUCCAGGAGGGUGUGCUCGCCCUCUGGCCUCUGGACGCCCGAGGGGAUCCCCUUCUGUGCGAAACCGCUCCGCCUUACCUUCAAACAGUAUGUCCGGGAUCUAGCUGCUUCUCUCGUAUUCGCUAGGUGUCCUAGGGUCACCAAAGCGGGUCACCAAUGCAAAGAAAUUCGGCCACCAUUGUCUUGGAGGGCACCGCCCAACCUACAUAUAUUCACGCCUACGUUGUGCGCGUUACUCGCCUUAUCGUCAACAGUGCCAUUAUCGGAAGUGAAAGUUGUUCCUCCUUUGGCUUAG